UGUUGCUGUUGUUGCUGCUGACCUUUGUGCCUCCCCGCAACCCUAUCUCAACCACUUCCUCCCAACCCUGCUUGGAUCUCUGCCUGAAGCAUGUCUGACACCAAAGGUGCCAGCCCCGUGGUCACCUAUGUUCGCGCGGAAAUCAACACCAAAUAUGCCGACCUGCUGUUGUUGGCCUGCUGCUUCUGUUCCGGCUUGCUGGACAGUACCAUGUUCAACCAAUACAACACUUUCGUCUCCAUGCAGACUGGAAACACCAUCUUCUUGGGAUUGGGCGCCUCCAAGCAGGACACCCGAGAGUAUGAUUGGGCUCGCUCCUUGACCGCCAUCGUCUGCUACGCCAUCGGUAGCUUCAUCUUCUCACGCAUCGGGGCCUAUCUCGGCCCUAAACGUCGCGGCACCCUCGUCACGGCCUUUCUGCUGCAGGUCGUCCUGCUCAUCAUCGCUGCGGCUCUCGUCCAGAGCCACGUCAUCACCGGCGACCUGGCCGACGCGCACUCGACGCAUUACAUUACCCACUGGAGCCAAGAGGCCACCAUCGUGCUGCUGAGCAUGCAGUCGGCCGGUCAGACGGUCGCCAGUCGCGUGCUCGGUUAUAACGAGGUGCCGACCGUGGUCAUCACCAGUCUGCUGUGCGAUCUGAUGAUGGACCCCAAGGUGUUUAUGCUGCGCAAUGAGAAGCGCGACCGUCGCAUCGUCGCCUUUGUGCUGACUCUGGUGGGGGCCAUCGCGGGUGGCUGGAUCAGCAAGGCCACCGGCAAUGUCUGGCCUGCCCUGUGGAUCAUCGCCGGUCUCAAGUUCAUCAUGGCCAUUGCUCUGUCCUUCUGGCAUGUCAAGUAGAUAGCUCUCCUCAUCGAUCUCCUUGUUCAAUUCACCCUACCUUUUUUU